UACGUCUCAUAAAAAAUGGAUUUCAGAAUAGUACAGGUACUGGCGCUAUGGAUAUUAUGUAUCAACAUAGAGAUGGUUGCAAGUAUGCCAUCUCAAAACGUGAAUGCAAGAACCAAAAGAUCACCAGCUAACAAUUUUUCUGUAUUUGGAUUGAAUUUAGGAUCUGCUCUUUCGGCAACAAAACAAGCGGCUAGUAAAACCUACACAAGCAUUGAAAAUAUAUUUACUGGUAAAAACAACACACCUAAACCUCCUGGUGUCAUAGAGGCAAAUCCUAUCUUUAACAUGCCACCUGAAGGAAGACCAAACACGAAUAUUGUACCUUCUGCGACCCAAAGAAGUGUUGAAGAAACAAACAAAAACGUCUUUUCUCCAGAUAAGAAAUUCGAAGUUGACAAAACAAUUGUAACUGAGAAAUCACAGAUACCUAACGAUGUACCAAACACAACAACGGCACCACCAAUAGAUGUUAAAGAUCAAGGAAAAGAGAAAAAUACAGAAAACCAAAACAUUGAAAAUGAAAUUGAUAAGGAACUAUUGGAUUACAUAUUUAGAAGUGGACCCACUAAUUACAAUAGCGCUACGGAUAAUAGUCUGGAUAAUUCUAUUGAUGAUACGACUUCUACCGGUGAAUUUGAAACUACUACAUUGUCAUUGGACAACAGAAUACAACCAGCGGUUGUUGCAUCGUUGUUAGGAUAAUCAGGUUGAGCAUGACCCGUAACAAACUUGUGUAUGCAGAUAAGACUGGAAGAAUCUUGAAACAUCCGCCAUGUUAUACAUCAUAAUUUCGGCAAUUUUUUCUCCAUCUCUAUCGUAUUCUUCAUAAAGGAGGCUGUCUACUGCACCGUGGCGUCCGUCCCUACUUUUCUUCUUCUUUCCUCUUUUUUUUAUUGCACCCUGCCGUAAUACUGUUUUAUUUAUUGUUAGAACACGUCUAUGUAGUCCUGAUGACGUUGUUCUAUUUAGUGGUCCGUUUGUAAAAGUCACACUUUCAUCGUUUAUAGUAACGUUAGAAUUAACAGGCAGCACAUCAGUUGUAAUAGUUGGCUUAACGUUUGUAGGGACUACUGUUACCGUGUCAGUUGAAUCAGUUCCAAUUCUAUUAGGAAAAAGUCAAAACAAUAUUAAAUAUGUGCAAUAAUAGGGUAGUGUGAAAUGAUGACGUAACAAUAUUUUGAAUAAGCAUGAAAAUUAAACAGGUUAUUCAAAUAAUUGUUCUGUAAGUAAUAUAUCUCAUCUCACCCAUCUAUUUCUGGUCCAAAUGUCGUCGCUGGUGCGAUAUUAUUACAAAAAGCUGGCAGAAUUAAAAUACUAAUACCCUGAAAACACAAAUUGGUCAUUUUAAAGUUUUCUUUUUUUAAUAUUAUUAAUAAUUUCUUACUUACAAGUAAAUAUGUUAAGGAAAUCAUUUUAACAAGCUUUUCCAUAGUGUCUCAGUCACAUCAUCAAUUUGAACUAACUGUACUCAGAUUGUAAUCAAAAUGUAUUUUCCAUAAAAAAUAUUAUAGCCCCAUCAAAAUACAAAUCAAAUGAGGAAAUCAUUUAGGCAGCAAUAAAAAAUAUAUGUAACCCAUUAACUGACGGAUUAACGUAAAAAUGCUAAUUACUAACUAGGGUUCAAUUCUUUUCUAGAAAAAACAAUUUUUCUGCAGGCGUAUUAAGGCAAGGCAUAUUAAGUACUUUAAAUAAUGGAAGACACGAAUUGCUUUUUACUAUAUUUUUAAGAGUUCCAGG